GAAUGUCAUUUUUGACUUCGCAACCUAGAAAAUGUUUCCUUAUUUUUAUUAUGAUUGUGGUUAUGUUUUAUAUAUUGUACCGGCUAAUGAAUUUAGGUAGUUGAUAUUAGAUCACUAUUAGACUGUAGGUUUUAUAUAUUUAAUUCAUCAUGAUAUGGCAGAUAGCUAUACUUGUUACAACUAUAAAAAUAUUCUUCGUACCAUUGUACCGUUCUACUGACUUUGAAGUUCAUAGAAAUUGGUUAGCGGUUACUCACAACUUAUCUAUAGAUCAGUGGUAUUAUGAUUCUACUUCAGAAUGGACUUUAGAUUACCCCCCAUUCUUUGCUUGGUUGGAAUAUAUGCUAUCACAUGUAGCUAAAUAUUUUGACCCAAAAAUGCUCAAUGUGACCAGUUUAAAUUAUGCUUCUGAUAUGACAAUUUGGUUUCAAAGAUUAUCAGUUAUUGUAUUAGAUUUAAUUUAUAUAUGUGGUGUCAAAAGUUGCUCUAAUCUAAUAGGAAAUGGGAAGCUUCUCGUAUUUAUAUUAUUGAUAUCCAAUCCAGGAUUGUUAAUGGUUGAUCAUAUACAUUUUCAAUACAAUGGGUUUUUGUAUGGUUUUCUGCUAUUAUCAAUAUCAAACAUUAUAACAAGCAAUUAUAUUCAAUCUGCAAUUUGGUUUGCAGUAUUAUUGAAUUUGAAACACAUAUAUAUUUAUAUGGCCCCUGUAUAUACUGUAUAUUUGUUAAGGGCAUAUUGUUUUACAAUUCCAUCUGAUGAUGGCAUUCAUACACCAUGGUAUUCAUUUUCAGUCUUAAAUUUGUUUAAACUGGCUAUUACAGUCACUACAGUCUUUAUUUUGUCAUUUGGACCAUUUAUAGAACACUUGCCACAGUUACUAUCAAGAUUGUUUCCAUUCAAAAGAGGUUUAUGUCACGCAUAUUGGGCUCCAAAUUUCUGGGCACUGUAUAAUUUUGGUGAUAAAGUUCUAGAACAUAUAUUACCAAAACUGGGAAUAACUGUGCCAAAAGUGCAAGCUUCUAUGACUGGUGGACUGGUUCAAGAAUUUGAUCAUAUUGUGUUGCCCAGUAUAAAGCCAUGGAUGACAUUCAUAUUAGCUGGAGGUUCAAUACUUCCUGCUCUAAUUAAACUAUGGUAUCUUUGUGCAGAUAGGAGGUACAGAGCACUGAGCUUUAUAAGAUGUCUUAUUGUAUGUGCUACUUGUUCUUUUAUGUUUGGGUGGCAUGUCCAUGAAAAGGCAAUACUUAUGAUCUUAAUACCAUUAAGCUUUAUGUCAGUACUGGGCGCCGUAGAUGGAAAAUUAUUCCUCAUUAUAUCUACAGUUGGGCACUACUCCCUUUUUCCUUUGUUAUAUCCAAAGAACUUAUUGGCCAUCAAAAUAUUUAUGUUAUUGACACAUACUGCGAUUGCCUUUGGUAACAUUCCAUUGUUGUAUGAGAUACCUCAAAAGCCGAAAAGUAGGAAGCGUCGCGCAUUUAUGCGACUGCCUUUGCUUAAUCAUUUAGAGUCAUUAUACAUAUAUGGUCUGUUGAUAUUAUGUUUUUAUGAAAAUAUUCUUCAUACAACUUGGGGGUUGGAUAAAACCUUACCAUUCUUGCCCCUAAUGCUGACAUCUGUCUAUUGUAGUAUAGGAGUAUUGUAUUUCUUUAUUUCGUAUUACUACUACUUCUUGACAUUCAACCUUAGUAGACUUCCUAUGGUAGGUUCAGUAAAUUUAAGUGGAUAUGCAAAAAAAGUAAAUUAAAUGACUACAAUUUUAAAC